AUGCAGCCACUGGAUUUGACUGUCUUCAGUUCAAUAAAGAAUGCAUACAAUCGGCAAUGUGAACUCUAUAUGGUUAACAAUCCUGGAAAACGAAUAACCCAAUACGAGGUUGGAGAAUUAUUCACAAAGGCGUACAACGAAACAGCUAACAUAAGCAAGGCCGUCAGUGGAUAUAGGGUGGCUGGAAUUUAUCCUAUUGAUCCGAAUAAAUUCAAAGAAUGCUUCGAAAAUUUAUUACGAAAUGCUUUUGACGUCAGUCAGACUCAAGAAUCAGGAUCUAAAACCGAACCUAGUUUGUCCACAUUGAUCCUAGUGCUAUUCAAACACCUACUCAAAAUGAUACAUCGAUUCCUAGAAUCGAAACUGAUUUAG